GGGGACCACUUCCCAGAGGCAAGAGACAGCGUCCAUAGUUUCAGUUCCAAGCAACUGGUGGCAACAGGUUAGCGUUUAAGAUGGCGGGGACAGCACGCCAUGACCGGGAGAUGGCCAUGCAGGCCAAAAAGAAGCUCACCACGGCCACGGACCCCAUCGAAAGACUCCGGCUGCAGUGCCUGGCCAGGGGCUCUGCGGGCAUCAAAGGACUUGGCAGAGUGUUCCGAAUCAUGGACGACAAUAACAACCGAAGUCUCGAUUUCAAAGAGUUCGUGAAAGGCCUAAACGAUUAUGCCGUGGUCAUGGAGAAGGAGGAGGCGGAAGAGCUUUUCCGGAGGUUUGAUAAGGAUGGAAACGGGACCAUUGACUUCAAUGAGUUUCUUCUCACCUUAAGGCCUCCAAUGUCCAGAGCCAGAAAAGAGGUAAUUAUGCAAGCUUUUAGAAAGUUAGACAAGACCGGAGACGGUGUCAUAACGAUUGAAGACCUCCGUGGGGUGUACAACGCCAAACACCACCCCAAGUACCAGAAUGGAGAAUGGACCGAGGAGCAAGUAUUCAGGAAGUUUCUGGAUAACUUUGACUCACCCUACGACAAAGACGGACUGGUGACCCCCGAGGAGUUCAUGAACUACUACGCGGGGGUGAGCGCGUCCAUCGACACCGACGUGUAUUUCAUCGUCAUGAUGAGGACCGCCUGGAAGCUCUAACCGCAUGGACUGGGGGCCGAGGCCUUGGGGCCAGCCACGUGGCUCCAAAUGACUCAGCGUCAGCCCCCAAACAGGAUCAUAUUUGAGUUCACGGGCAUCCCAGCGUUUCUUCCAUGACCACAGCACUGUCUAGGGCAGAAAUAA